AUGCGACUGUGCCAGAAGGCCAAACAAAUGCCAAUAGAUGUCUCCUGGCCGACUGCGUGCACUACUCCGGGUGCUUCGGUGAUCAGACAGAAGGAUAGUUCUUGUCCGUCAAAGGGCCAGGAGCCCAUGUUUAUUCGUUACGUCGAUGCAAACACCGCCAAUAGUAAGCGAAGAGAAUUUUCGCCAACAGAGGUUACGUUAUUAAAUGGUCUGCUAGGAGAAACGGAAAAGGAAUUCGGGUCUGCCAGGACAGAUUGGUAUGCUUACUGUUCCCUGCCGACGAUACUGAGAUGUUUGGAGGAUCGUAGACAAGAACACGUUUAA